UCUAGAAGGACAUGUGGAUCUCAAGUGGGAGGAACAAGGACUGUGUGUUCAAGGGAAAAGAAACAAGACAAAGGGUGUAAAGAUUUAGCAAAGAUAUGUGAGUGUCAGACCAAGAAAGCAUCUUGUCCUGUGAUUCUCUCAUCCUCACUGCUACAACUGGAGACUGCAGCCCCCAGUGCACAUUGGAUGUAGUAAGGAGACUGCUGCACUGUGGCCAGUGAACUUGGGACCAAGUCAUCGGGAAACAAUCGAUUCAGCCAGAGUCCAGGAAGCAGGAUGUCAUCCUUAUACAGCCGAUCAAAGGAUUACACGAGACCGAGGAUCUCUCAGUCGGACUCUCCACCUUCCUCCCCUUCACCGACAGCAAAGACGUUACGUCAUGAAAGGUCUUCAAGAUUAGAUUCUGGGGGCUCCAGUCUCACAUCAACAGACAGUGAACGUACAUCUUCCCGACCAUAUUCACGGGACAAACGAUUGGCAUCAACUGAGAAUAAGACAGAUGAGGAGCCAAACAAAGAUUUCAAAAAGCUGUAUGAAAGUGCCUAUAAUGAAAAUGAAAAGCUCAAAAGCAACUUGCGAGAGGCCCAGAUGGAGCUUGCGGCUAUUAAAGCUAAGCUGGAAAGAGUUGUGAAGAAACAAGAUAUCUCAUCAAGUCAGGUUGGGCUAUUGGAGGCUGAAAAAAGAGAAAAGAGAGUUUUGGAGCGUAGAAUGUCUGAAAUGGAAGAUGACCUGAAGGUACUCACAGACCUUAAAUCUGACAAUCAGCGUCUGAAGGAUGAAAACGGAGCUUUAAUCAGAGUAAUAAGUAAACUUUCUAAGUAACUCCAUGCACUGGAGUAAAGGAGUUGUAACCAUUCCUUGAUGACUUUUGCACAGCUUUAAACACUACAAUGACCAUGAUGCCAGUCCACAGUUGUCAGACACAAAAUAUUUUUAUGCAUAUGUUUUUGUGUAUAUUUUGAGCAAACAUGUAAUAUGUGUGUAUGGAUUUAUGAAUAGACUGUUUAUAUUUUUAUGGUCAGCUUUUUAAACUGAAGAAGGCUGCAGGAAAAAUGUAUUGAUUACAUUGUUGUCACAGAAAGAACAUAUAGGCACUGCAAGCAGGGUUUACGUAUACAGUCAAGGUGCUCACUAAGGAAACUGCAGGACCAAUUAAUAGUCUUAAAUUAAAAAAAAUUGGAAACAUUCUGUAGACACAUUUGAGGGCAGUGAUGCAACUCCUACCAUGCUCUCUUGAAGGCUGAUAGCUGUCGACUGUCCGAGCAUGCUGGGAGUUGUAGUUUUGCAACAGCUGGAGAGCAGCAGAUUGGGCAUCCCUGUCCUAAGGUAUUCCAGUUUCACAUUAUUGAUGACCUAUCCUCAAGAUAGGUCAUCAAUAUCUGAUCAGUGGGGUCCUGUCUCCAAAAGCUGUAAUUACUCUGUACCACUGCUACAAUGUAGACAGCGUGCAGGAAAACACUUAUGGGGACACAGAACUAAUACAUGCGUCGCGGGCCCUACAAAUAGCUGACCAACUGGGGUGUUACGAUUCAGACCCCCCCACCAAUUUGAUAUCCAUGACUUAAUAUCUGGAAAGGUUAUCAAUAUGAUGAAACUAAGAUACCACUUUAAUGCACUUUUUUUCACAUCCUCGCGCUCAUUCCCGAUAAUUGGCCUGUGCAAAAGAACCAUCAAUCACUUGAUCACCAUGUGAAAAGCAGUGGUGAUGCGACAAACAAAAUCAUCAUUUCUGGGAAGAGGAUUGUCCUGUGUAAAUCAGUUGCUCAUCCCCGCACAGAGGAGAUGAUUGCUGCAUGCAAAUGCAUCUCGCACUUCCUCUGGUGAGCAGGCAAUUAUCAGGAAUAAACUUACUGGAGUUCUCGAUAAUUGCCUGCUCAGCCCAUUUAAAGGGAGUCUGUUAAAAUCAGUGUCUCUGCCCAUGCGCGGGUUCGUGCACAAGCCAGAGGAGGAGGAUGAACUAGGAGAGCACUCCAAGGGGAGCGGUUAUGCCGGCACAUCAGAGAAGGGCCUGGGUACUUGCGGCCAUAACUCCUCCCCUGGGCACUUGCAGGUCCUAAUCUGCAAGGGUGUAACUAAAAUAGCGGCAGACCAUGCUACUGCUGUGGAGCCCAGGGCAAGAGGGGGCCCAGUU